AUGAGAGAUCGAAUGGAAAGAUUUGUACUUCUUCCCUUUACAUUGGGUUGUGUCUCGGAAUCCAGCAUUGCAGUUGGUGUUCGGCAGACUAAAAGAUCAAAGCUCUACGCCAAUCAAACUCCCACAAGAAUCCAUCACCAGAUAAAGGAGGAGGAGGAAGAGGAGGAAGAAGAGGACGAAUAUGAUGAAGAUGAAGAGAACUUAUCAGUUGAAAAUAUGAAAAGCCCAUCAAGUCUCUUGGCCCUUCCUAGGGUUCAAAAGCUGUUCAAGAAUUUCAAGAACUUCUCUAAUAUAUUUGUCGAGAAGGAUGAGAUGGAAGAAGGAGAGGCAGGAAUGGAAAUAGGACAUCCUACCGAUAUAAAGCACGUGACACACAUAGGAUUGGAUGGAUGUGCAACCUCUAUCCUCUCAAAGGGCUGGAAUAAUCUCACUCAACCACCUGAUCAUGAUCAGUUGCUUAAUCUCCCUCAGAAUUUCCAUCUGCAGAUGCCAUUUGAUCAGCUUCCCAUGGCAACUCAAGCUGAUCAUACUGUUGAUACACCUAAUAUCAAGACUUCAUUGCAAAAUCAAAUGCAGAAAUCCUUCUGA